UUUUAUUGGCAACUCUUACAUUCGACCGGUUCCAUCUCGACUGAUGGACCAUGUGAGAAGACAACGGAGAUCACUCAAUGACACAACCGACAAUGAACCCGAUGAUAAAAUUUAUCAUAUCAUUCAUAAAAUACCAGAAACCAAAAUGAAAAAGCAAAUACCAUUAAAAAUAAAAUCCAGAUCAAAAAGAUCUUAUCCAAAUACGAUUUAUCCAGAAGUACUUGUUAUUGUUGACUACAGUUUGAAUCGUAAAUUUGGUGGAAAUAUGAAAGAAAUUAUUUUAUAUUUAUUGUCAUAUUGGAACGGCGUUGACAUGAGAUUUCGUAGCAUUCAAAAUCCUAAAAUAAGAUUGAAUAUCGCUGGAUUGAUAUUCGCUCAAGAUCCAUGGGUUCUUUCGUACAUAAGAAAUUAUGCCGAAGGUAAUAGAGUUAAUGAUUACAUAUCAAAAAUAGAAACUAAAGGACAUUGGUUGUAUAGCAUGAAUUCAGUUAUUCCAGUUGAUAGCUAUGAUAUCGCUGUUACAAUGAUGACGCACAAAAUGUGUGACAAUCAAGGUUGCGCUAUUUUGGGAGUUAGUCCAGUUGGGUCAGCUUGUCAUGUAGACCAUGUCCAUCAAACAAUGUACAAGGUUUUAAUUGUCCGUGAUACUGGAGCUUACGAAGGAAUAUCGUCAACUGUUCAUGAAUUAGGACACGCAUUUGGUAUCAAUCACGAUGGUCAAGUCAAUAGAGCAUGUUCUGCCCAAAAUGGUUACAUUAUGGCACCAAGUGAUGUACACACACCCCGACAAUUUGACUGGUCAUUGUGUUCACUACUGGAUCUUCAAAAUUUUAUCAACUCGAACCCAACGUGUAUGUUCAACAAACCAAAUCAAGGCAAAGCGCUGCACAGAUUUUUACCUGGCAAAUUAAUGGACGCAAAUAAACAGUGUCAAAUGUUAAACGGUAUCCGUGCUUACGUUAUUAACGACAGUACUUGUAUGCACUUGCAAUGUUUAUUUGGUAGUAAUGCAUUGAUAUCUGAUUAUAUUGUUCCUGCUGCGGCUGAAGGCACACCCUGUGGUGUGGGUAAAAUUUGUCUUCAUGGUAAAUGUCUCUAUGAAAGUCAAAUAACAAAUUGAAGUCCAGUUCACGCUAUU